UUUUACCUGCAUGGAUAUCAUCACUAUACAAAUAUAUGUAGACAGACUUGUCUUUGCACGCUGGAGAAGCAGAAAAUCUCAGAAUACUUUUAAUUAAAAGUGUCUUGCUUCUUCUUAUUAUCUUUAAGUCAAUUUUGCUUUCCAAAUCCCAGGACAACGACCAUUAAACUGGUUUUAUCCACUCUACUUAGAUACAAAGAAAUAUUAAAGGAUUAAAAUGGGCUGCUUUACAUUUGUCAAAUUGAUGAUGGUUUUGUUCAACUUGCUUACCUUCCUAGGUGGCCUAACACUGCUGGCCAUGGGGACCUGGGUGAGUGUAGAUGGGGGUUCCUUCCUCCACCACCUGGGGCCGUUCUCCAGUCAAGGCUUGCAGUUUAUCAAUGUGGCCUUUUUUUGCAUUGCCAUUGGUGGUGUGCUGGUGCUGCUGGGACUUCUGGGCUGCUGUGGGGCCCACAAGGAGAGCAAAUGUCUGCUGCUCACAUUUUUCUCCAUCAUUCUCAUCAUAUUCCUUGCUGAAGUGGCUGCUGGAGUUGUAGUUUUGGCCUACUCUUCAUUCGCUGAGGGGAUCCUCAGAGUGUGGGCAAUUCCUGCUUUACAAAGAGACUAUGGCAGUGAUCCUGUGGUCACCAAGAUCUGGAACACCACCAUGAUAGAGCUACAGUGUUGUGGUUUCUCCAACUACUCUGAUUUUGUGGGCUCUCAGUUUGAAAAGGAGAAUGGAAGCAGCCUGCCACCCAGCUGCUGCUGGACCAACAGCCUCCCCUGCAGUCUAGCAGAAGCAGAGCGCAGCACUGUGCAGGGCUGUUUUGAACAAAUCCUGGAGCUCCUCAAAGAGCAUGCCAACACUGUGGGAGGAAUCGCAACAGGAACUGGAGUGUUAGAGAUUGCUGCCAUGAUUGUGUCCAUGUACUUGUACUGUCACCUGGACAACAGAGUCAGCUGAGGCUCCUUCACAGAAAACACAAUGGGUAUAACAAUGAUAGAUCAUGUGGUUGACUAUUUAAAUCAUUAUUUAGGGUGGUCUUGUUGUUCUGCCACUCACAUUCUCUUUUUUGACUGUUUGUUUUCAGUCAUGUUUAGGGUAUUUUCCUAAAAAUGUUCUUUUACAUAUAGUAAAAAGUUACAAGAGUAGCUACAAAGAGUAAAAAUAUCUAAUUUGGCAAUAAAAUGUUUCAAACAUUCAUUACAUGCAUUAUUGUGUGAUCGUUCUCUGAAUUUCUUUUCUGG